AUGGUGAAUCUUCGAAUGGUUGGUGAGGUCGAUAAUAUGCAACUUCGGUUUGUGGGUUCAGUUUGUGGAUUGGGUUUGUGGAUUCGGGUUUUAGCAGGACAAUGUGUGCUAUACAGCUGGGGACGGGAAGGAAUGUUUCUCAGCGAACUUAAGACAAUUAUAGCAAAAACUGAAGAUGACGUUGUGGAAUCAAUCGCUGUCGACUCAGAUUUAGACUAUUCGAAUACGCUGAUAUCUCGGGAAAGGAAGACCUUAUGGACGCUUAAUCUGAAAGUCCUAUCCUUUAGCCUGCCGUCGAAAGAGAGUGCAAUGAACUUGGCGGACAGUGUGGAAAUCUAA